AUCUAGAAAGAUUAUUUUGAUUUAUGUGAUAUACAAGCAAAUGAUGUUAUCUGCGAUUAGUAAUAGUAAUUCAGAAAAGCCGAUUGGUUGGGAUUUUGUUUCCUUUUUCCUCUCUGUUUUCUUUUUCUUUUUUUUUUUCUUCCGAAAAACCUACGGUAAUUUUGUCCUCCAUAUUGUAAAAAUAUUAUCCCUAAAUCUAGUUACCAUGGACUGCCAUGAUAAAUUACUAUGUAUCAGUCGAAUGUACAUAAGGAGGUUUCCAAGAUUUGGUGAUGAUUUCGAGUGUUUUUCUUGAAAGGAGAUGAUGGGAGCGAUGUGUCAACGUAGAAAAUGAGCGAAAGGAAAUUCACACGCGGCCUGGGAAAGCCGGGUAUGGCCGCACAAUUACGUGAAACGGUUUCUCAGGUCGUACGCGAAAGUACCGUACAGAGUAAACCACAUUUAGUCGACCCAAUAGAUUUUGAGAGCUUCGUGCUAAAGAAUAAAACAUUAUUGCAGAAUGAUCCGCAAAGAGAAUUAUUGCUUUAUCCGCCGGACGAUGUUUCUCAAGUUGUCCUACCGAGGCGUUAUCGCGCUAUCGUGCCUACAGCACAAUAUAUUUCGGAUAAUGACGAGGAAGGCGGAAGUCUCCUGACCAAAGAAUGUUUACGAAGUUACACCUCCAAUUGGAAUUUGAUACAUUACAAAUAUUCUGCCUACAACGGAAGUUAUCUCGAUUUACCCAAAAUAACAAAAGCGGAUGACCUCAAGGAUGAAGUAUAUGAAAUUGAUACGGAAGUGGAUCAAGUCGACGAGGAUUUAAUCAAAAAUAAUGGGAUUACGAAGGAGGGUUACUUAAUGAAAGGACCUGAAAUUGGAAGCUCCGAUCGUAUGUUUGCUCAUAUCGGCUCAAAAUCUUUUAAAAGACGUUUUUGCCAUUUAAGACAGGAGGUCGAUGGCACAUACAUUUUGGAAUUUUUCAAAGAUGAGAAAAAGGGCGAAGCUAAGUUGGCAAUAGUAAUGGACUUUUGUACAGAAGUUGUUAGAAAUCCAAAACGUGGAAGGUAUUGUUUUGAAUUAAGAAUGACAGGAACUCACAAGUCUUAUACAUUAGCGGCCGAUAAUGAAACAGAUAUGCAAGAUUGGUUAUCAAAGUUGAAUUCUGUAUUGCAACAUUACAAGCAACAAGAGGAGAAACGUGCUGCAUCUUUAGAAAGAACAUGUAACACUCCUCCUCCUUCCCCUCAACCAAUGCAGGUAUAUGGAACGUUGAAAGGUUUGGAACAGAGUAUGAAUCCACAAUUAAUUAAAUACUCCAGGGAAACUGACACAAGUAUAGCAUUAGCCAGACGGGAAUAUAGAAAACCUUUGUUUAGUCUAUAUUCCAACAUGUCACGUGUAAAAGCACCUACAGGAGGAAAUUCUACUGAACAUAAUAUUGAUCCGUAUAAGGAGCAAUUUGGGCAUAGAAUUUUUAUUAAGUGUGAAACUCUUAAGUUUAGACUGCAAGCUCCAAUUGAUGAGAAAGAAACUCUUUGCCAAGUUGAACCGUAUCAAACAACUUUAUGUCUUUUUGAUGCAAAGCACGGCAGGAAACUCACGGAAAAUUUUUAUUUCGACGUUAACCAUGAAAUUGUGCAAGGGAUGAUAAAGGAAUUAAGUCCUACUAGCAUUAUGACAGAAUCUAAUGAAAAUAUAAGUCUACCUGAAGAAUUGAAAACUGUACCAUUGGAUUGGAUAAAACAUCCAAAGCAGGCUAUAUUUCACGUUAGUAACCCCCAUCCUGAUAUAUUUCUUGUGGUAAGAAUAGAUAAGAUAUUACAAGGGAAUAUAUGUCAAACUUCUGAACCAUAUGUAAGAACGACUAAAGAUCCAAGAUUAGGAUUAAAAGUACACAAACAAGUUAGAGCAUGUUGCCAAAGAUUAGGAAAUUAUAGAAUGCCAUUUGCUUGGGCUGCCAGACCUUUAUUUAGACUGUAUAGUAACGAGUUGGAUACUUCUCCAGACUUUCCAGCGAUAUAUAGGCAGGAAGGGAAUAAAAUCAAAGAUGAAGAGUUAUUAAAAUUGCUUUCAGAGUAUAGAAAACCUGAAAAACUUAGCAAAUUAACCGUUAUACCUGGAUGGUUGAAAAUAAAAAUUGAACCCAUCAUUGAGAUACCAGAAAAUACAUUGUCGACAUCUUUGACUCCCUUGAAACCAUUUCCCAUUCCACCUGUAAACGAUCCAACUCUUGAAAUUGCAGAAUUUGAAAGUACAUCUGAAAAAGAUGUUCAUCCCUAUACUACAUAUGUCAAUCAUCUUUAUGUUUAUCCACAAACUUUAUCUUUCGAUACUCAAAAGAUAUUUACAAGAGCUAGAAAUAUUGCGUGUAUCAUUGAAUUACGAGAUGAUGAUGGAGAAAAUGUGGAACCUUUAAGAUGCAUCUAUGGCCGUCCAGGUACACCAUUGUUGUGUGUACGAGCGUCUUGCGCAGUGUUACAUCAUAAUGCUAUUCCAUCUUGGUACGAAGAAAUUAAGAUAAGAUUACCAACAAAACUUCAUUCAAAACAUCACUUGCUCUUUUCAUUUUAUCAUAUAAGCUGUGAUAUGAAUAAGAAAAAGGAAAAUGGGAUUGAAAAUUGCGUUGGUUAUGCUUGGGCUCCAUUGUUAUAUAAAGGAAGACUCAAUGUAGAUAUGGAUGCAAAUGUUCAAGUUCUACCUGUUGCAACGCAUUUACCACAAGGAUAUCUUUCUAUUCAACCCCUUGGUCUAGGGAAAGGGGUAAGAAAUGCUGGCCCAGACAUUACAUGGAUUGAUUCACAAAGACCAAUAUUUACAGUAGCUUUUCAGUUAAUAUCAACGGUAUUUACUCGCGAUCCUCAUUUAUACAAUCUCUUUGCUCAUGCCGAACGAAUUCUGGAUACUAGGCCAUCUGUAAUGCCUUCGGAUACAGAAACGUGUAAAAUAUUGAAAGCAGCGCAUGCAAUACAGUUGGUCACAGCUAUUACUUUUCUUCCUACUAUAUUAAAUCAAUUGUUCACAUUAUUGACGUAUAAUAUAGGCGAAGAAGUAGGAUUGUAUAUUAUUAGGGUACUAAUACACAUUAUAAACAUGAUACACGAAGCUGGUCGAAAAGAAAUACUUCAGGCUUAUAUCAAGUUUGUCUUUCUGUCGCCAUCACAAGCAACCUGCAAUAUGACCGUUCAUGAACAAUUAGGGAAAUAUCUGCCAAUAUUAUUACAACCAAACAAUACGGAUUUCUUGGUAAUUAACAAAUUCAUGCGUCAUUCUAAUUUCUUCUUUGAGAUAAUGAUUAAAAGUAUGGCACAAUAUCUACUUACUACUGGUAGAAUAAAAAUGCAUAGAAAUGAAAGAUUUUCGAAAGAGUAUCAUGAACGCAUUAAGCAUCUAUUAGAUGUAAUUAUGCCAUAUAUAAUAAAUAAGUACAAAGAAAUGCCGGUUGAAACGCACGAAUUAAAUAAAAGCCUUGCUCAAUUGUUAAAGCAUUGCCUCACGUUCAUGGAUCGUGGUUUCGUUUUCCGUUUGAUCAACUCAUACGUGGAUAAAUUUUCUCCUGGAGAUCCACGCACUCUACAUGAUUUUAAAUUUACAUUUCUUCAAAUCAUUUGUUCUCACGAGCAUUAUAUAUCUUUCAAUUUACCAAUGAUGCAGUCCCGUAUUUCACCUAGAGAAAAUACUGAGAAAGAGCCAGAAUGUAAUGACUUGAUGAAUGAAUACUGUUUAUCAGAAGAUUUUUGUAAGCAUCAUUUUUUGGUUGGCUUAUUACUCCAAGAAAUCAAAAUAUCUCUCAAUGAAAUAAUGCAAAUUCGAAAGGUAGCCAUAACUACAUUAAGAGAUCUCUUGGCUAAGCACGAACUCGAUGAUAGAUAUCAAAAUAAGGGACAAUUGAGCAGGAUAGCAUCCAUUUAUAUACCAUGGUUAGAGAUAGUAUUGGAAAAUUUGGUGCGUUUACAAUCUGUACACGACAGUUCUAAAGCGGAAAAUAAACACAAUGACAUAAAUCGAAUAUCAACUAGCAGUUCCUUUUUGGCAACUAAGGAUAUCGCUAAUAGUACUAUAACAGCAGGCACUCCCAAGUCCAUUCACAGACUUACGUUAAAUUUGGAUACGCAAUCUCCAAUCAGAGCGUCUAUACAUCUACGAGAUUCUACAUAUUUUGCUGCUAUUGCUGGACAAGGUUUGGUCAAUGGCUAUUCUUGUACCAGUAUAGAAUCAGAUACAUCAACAAUGUCAGGUGCCUCACAGUCGAAUAUAUCACAAGAAACAGCAAUUAUUCGCGAGUCUGUAGAAAAUGGUAUAAGCGAUAAAAAAAGGCAUUCUCGUUCUUUGAGCGUUACACAGGCUUCGCCCAGAUGUGAUAAAUUACAAUCCUCCGAAGUCAAGGAUAUAUUGCUUUGUUUUUUAUUUGUGAUCAAAUAUUUAGGCGAUCAUCAAGUUAUUGCAUGGUGGCAACAGUGCAGUGAUUCCGAGAUAUUGAGUUUUUUUACUGUAAUUGAAAUAAGUCUUCAUCAUUUUAAAUAUAUUGGUAAAAGACAAAUAGCUGCAAAUAUAACAAAUAAUUCUGGGAAACCACGUACGGUAAAGGCAAUGACAUUGCCAGCCAGAAUGGCACCACCAGAUUUCACGACUGAAAGUCCAACUACUGGUACACUGCAACCACACAAUACUGUUACUAGAGAGAAUCUCAUUGAAAGCGACAGUGGUAAAAUGUAUCAGGCUUUAUUAGAGGCAAAUAUGGCUACAGAAGUUGGUCUUAUAGCACUUGACUGUCUAGGCCUCUUUUGUAUUCAUUUUAAGGACGCACUUUUAGCAGAUGAUGGAGAAAAUCCAAUAAUGCAAAAAUUGUUCAAUAUCUAUCUAUCCUUUCUACAAGUCGGUCAAUCGGAGACAUUGCUACGUCACGUGUUUGCCGGAUUUCGAGCAUUUUUAAAUAAUUAUUCUAUUGCUCUGUUUCAAGGUAAUGCUGCGCUUUGUGGGCGAUUAUGUUAUGAAUUAUUAAGAUGUUGCAAUAGUAAACUUAGUUCUAUUAGACAAGAAUCAUGUGCUUUAUUAUAUCUGCUUAUGAGAAGUAAUUUUGAAUUUACCAGUAGAAAAGGAUUAACGAGAGUGCAUUUACAGGUAAUAAUCUCGGUUUCACAAAUGCUUGGAAAUGUUAUUGGUUUGAAUAAUUCAAGAUUUCAAGAAUCAUUGUCAUUGAUAAAUAGUUAUGCUUCUUCUGAUAAAGUGAUGAAGGGUACUGGUUUUCCAGUUGAAGUUAAAGAUUUGAAUAAAAGAAUUCGAACAGUUUUAAUGGCAACAGCACAAAUGAGGGAACAUAACAAUGAUCCUGAGAUGCUUGUCGAUUUGCAACAUAGUUUGGCCAAUUCUUAUGCCAGUACACCCGAAUUGAGGCAUACUUGGCUCGAAACUAUGGCUAGAAAUCAUGCGAGAGAUGGAAAUUAUUCCGAGGCGGCUUGUUGUCAAUUACAUAUUGCAGCAUUAAUGGCAGAAUAUUUGAAAUUGAAGAAAGUUCAUAGAUGGGGUGCAGAGGCUUUUGACAAUAUUUCCGUGAAUAUUUCUAGAGACGAGCGUAGUCUUAAGCUCGAUGCUGGUGAGAUUUGCGUUCAAGAUAUUCAUUACACGGAAUAUUUAUUGCUAGAGCAGUUGGAGCUUUGUGCUGAAAUGUUGGAAAAAGCAGAACGUUUUGAGUUACUCGGACAUUUGUAUCGUUUAAUAGUUCCUAUGUACGAAGAAAAAAGAAAUUAUGAGGCUUUAGCAAAUUGUUAUACGCAUUUAGCGCAAGCUUGCAAUAAAAUUGUCGAAGUCACCAAGUCCGGCAAACGGCUCCUUGGGAGAUUUUAUAGAAUUGCAUUUUUUGGAUCGGCAUAUUUCGAAGAGGAAAAUGGCCAAGAGUAUAUAUAUAAGGAACCUAAAGUGACGUCAUUGUCAGAAAUUUCAGAACGUCUUCAUCAUUUAUAUUCAGAGAAAUUUGGUUCGGAAAAUGUCAAGAUGAUAAUGGAUUCCAUACCCGUCAAUGUCGCCGAAUUAGAUUCAAAAAUAGCAUACAUUCAAGUGACUCAUGUAACUCCGUACUUUGAUAAAAUAGAAUUAGAUACUCGUCAAACGGAAUUUGAACAAAAUCACAAUGUAUCUUGUUUCAUGUUCGAAACUCCAUUUACGAAAGAUGGACGGGCGAGGGGAAAUCCUGAAGAUCAAUGGAAGAGAAGGACUAUUUUAACGACACAAUAUUCCUUUCCGUACAUAAAAAAACGUAUAUUAGUGAUCGAGAAGAGAAUAAUGGAACUUGGCCCCAUCGAAGUAGCUUUAGAUGAAAUGAGACAACGCGUUCAAGAAUUGGAGGAUGUGGCUUUAAUAGCUCCAACUGAUGUAAAAAAACUUCAAUUGCGAUUACAAGGAAGCAUUUGCGUGACAGUAAAUGCUGGUCCACUUGCUUAUGCCUCUGCAUUCUUAGACCCAGCGCUUUCUCCGCAAUAUCCUGAUGAUAAAGUUGAAGAGUUAAAGGAUGUUUUUAGGGAAUUUGUAAAAAUAUGUUAUACAGCCUUGCAGAUCAACAGUAAAUUAAUUACUCCCGAUCAGCAUGAAUAUCAGGAAGUAUUACGCGAAAAUUAUCAAAAGCUUUGCCAAAGCUUGUCAUCGUUAUUGGGUGAACCUAUAUGGUCGGACGAACAAGUUGGAAGCUUUAAACGUAACAGUGCUGCUCUCUUUAGUGUCAUUAGUGGUGCUAAUAGUCACACGAGUACAGCCUAAGCCAUGAGACUGAUGUCUUAUGUCUCUUGAAGUCCUUUCUGUAAUCGCAUUAUAAAGUAUCUAUAUAAAAUAACAUUAUACGUAUAUACAUAUAUAUAUAUAUAUAUAUAUAUAUAUAUAUAUAUAUAUAUAUAUAAUAUGAAAGAAUAUAUCAUAUUAAAUACAAUACAAUAAGUAUUCACAUAGUUUCAUUAUGCUCGAAAUAUACAUAUAUACGUACGUACGUACGUACGUACGUACACACACACACACACACACACAUGUAUCAUGAUUUAUUAAUGAUUAACUUGGCCACUUUUUAUACAACAGAAAUUCUUUUUUAAAUUUUACAUUAGAUAGAAAUGUUUAAACAACAAUAUGUGCGAGGAAUCGCGCACCAAUAUUGCAAUGAAACAGUAAAAUUAGUGGUAUUAUUCUGACGAGAUUUAAGGCUGACUAUGAUAAGUUAUAUCAGCUCAUUUUAGAAAAGAGAAGUGGCUAUAUUUAAAUAUUUUAUUUGUGUCCUUAUCAUUUAGAUUAGCAUACUCGUUAAAUAUAUAAAAUGCAAUCUUUAUCUUAUUAAUGUGUCAUUGUCGUACAAUUGUUGAGUUAAUAACUAUUAUACCAAUGCACUCACUGCCACUUUUUUAAUAUACGUAAUAUUUGUGCAUAACGAUUUAACUAAGUGUCAAUUGUAAAUUCACUUUAAGUGUAAAGAGAAUGGAUCAAUUUUUACCAUCCAUUUUCUAUUAGUAUGUACUUCCAAAGUGCAAAGUCUAACUUUAAUAAUAUGUAAUACGUAUAUACAAUUAUAUAUAUAUAUAUAUAUAUAUAUAUAUAUAUGUAUAUGUAUAUAUAUGUAUAUAUAUAUAUAUAUAUAUACACACACACAGACACACACACACGUAUACAUAUAUAGACACACACAUAAGAGCUUUUAUUUAUUAAGAUUAAAAUAAGAUAUCUCAUACAUUGUUAGAUACGAGUAUAUAUGAAUAACGAUAGUAAAACAGAUUAUGAAACACGCUGGAAAACAUUUAUUCAUUAAUCGUGCAAAAAUUUAUGAUUUAUAUGUUUGUACUUCUUGAACGUACAAAUUGAUUUGUACAUGUAUAAUUUAUUUCGUAUGCAUGCAUAUUGUAUAAAUGAGAUCUUUAAUAUAAUAAGUUUACGCUCGUAUUGAUAUAAGAAAAUAAUAGAAAAAGAAGGAUAUAUCUAAUGUUCAUUAAAAUCCCGCAAGAGAAUCGUUUCUUUUUUCUUUUCUUUUUUCUUUCUUUCUUUAUUUUUCUUUUUCUUUUUUAAUUAAAAAUUUCUUAAUUUUGAUAUGUCCACAGAAGCGAGUUUUCUUACUUGUUAGACAUAUCCUCGUAACGCAGAAUUUUGCAUACAUCUACUUAUUUAAGAUGUACUUAUCACGAGUACUAUCUCUUUAGUUGUGAAACAUGUUUCAUUUGACAAAUUAUUUUGAUCCUGUAAAAAGUUGUUUAGAUGUUUAUCAUAUGACAUAUUUUUAAUAGAUUACAUUAUUUUUUGUUAUUGUACUAUCAGGAUUAUUCUUUUUUAAAUUUUUUGUAUAUAGUUGUCGUAUAAAAAAGAGAACGAAGAAUUUUAAUGUCUCAGCAAAUAUAUAUAUAAAUAUUAAUUUUUGGAGGCUUGCUCCAAAUUCUGUGAUUUUUAAUGAUAUUUUCAAGACUUUGUUGAUAUUAGGAAUUAAAAUAUCUGUGAAUAUAAAUUUGUAAAAGAAUUGUUCGACACAGUUAUAUCUCGUAUUUGUGUUAAUACAGUUUAAAUGUUGAAAAAAAUGUGGAAGCAAAAUUGAUUUCGGAGUUUAUUUCCAUGAUACAUAAAGAUUCUUUUACAAAUAAUAUUUAAUACACAUAUCUUAUUUUAUACCAAUAGAUUAGAUUAAAGAGGUGUCUUAUAAGACGCUUCGGAUGUUUCUAAUUGGAGAAUAGGAUUGAUAAGGUUUUGUUUUUUUUUUUUUUUUUUUUACAGAGCUCUCAAUAGUAAUAUUAUUACUUGUAAUUUUAAUUUUACAUUAUAUCCACAUUUUUGCCAUUAUAUAUAAUACGUCUGAUAUUAACUCUUUCCGCCCUCAUCAAAGCCUGAGAUUGCUUUUCGGCAAGACACUUAUGCCUGGUGCAUAUUCCCGCUGAGAGCGUGCGUUUAUCUACAUUUAGCAAAGGGAAUUCUACACAGCUUAUCUUAUUUUAUUGCACAUAUAAAGACUGCAUAUAAAAAUAUACAAUCGAUAUAUCUAAUCCGCAAAAUUAAGUUUUCCAGGACAAUAAGAUCGAUCGGCGGGAGUAUAUCGGCCGCUUUAUGCGAACGAAUCUAAUUUCGAUCAAUGGGAUGAUACUAGUGCUUACAACUAUCAGGACGGGAAAGAAUUAAUAGCUUUUACAUUGUCGUUGCGAUGUGAUGUGCAAAUGUACAAAUUGUUCUUUUAUUAAAAUCAUCAAUGUAAAACGAAAAUGUUUAAUCAUAUCAUGUACACAUCUUUGCUGUAUGAAAGUUCGAAAUGCUGUCCAGUAUUGACAUCGACAAUUCUUAUAGAAAUAUGUUUAUAAUGUCAAUCUGUUAUAUCACACAAUUGAAUAAUAAAACGGCUAGCUUAAAGAUUAAAAAUA